AUGGAGGAAGCAACGCUAGUACUCAUAAGUACUUUCAACAUCGGGAGCAUCGUCGUCAAGAUGGCGCUCUUCGUGAGGCGCAGACGGCAGUACUCUGCCCUGGUCCGACGAGUGGACGGUCUGAUGCUGGUGCAGGGCGAACUCUGCUCCCAGGACCCGGUCCUCGGGCACUUGCUGUGGCGCUCCAAGAGGACUGCGGCCCGCCUUACCAGGGCCAUGCUGCUACUCAUGGUGUCCCAGUACGCCACGUGGUACCCCAUGCCGCUCAUCAUGAAAGGAGGUGCGCGCCGUUUGCCCCUAGCGCAGCAUCCCUGGGACAACAACAGCAAUUAUUACGAGCUGUCAUACGCUGUGCAGUGCAUGGCCGGAGCGUGGAUGACGCAGAUCAGCUUCGGCAUCGACUGCCUCUUUGUGUCCAUCAUGAUCCUGGUGGCCGCGCAGAUGAAGAUCCUCGCGUCGCGAGUGGCCCGUCUGAAGAUGCGUGGCGACGGAUUUUGGCGCAAGCGGCACGCGAUUAAAAGUACCGGAGACAAUGUAUACAGAGAAUUGUGUCUCUGUAUUGAAACCCAUCAAGAGCUUCUCAGGUACGUUGAAAAGCGCCUACUAAUUUCAAUGAAUUUUGCGAAGCUUGUCUUGGUCAACGAAUGGAGCACGCACGAGGAAUGGACCACGUGCUUAUAA